CAUCCACAUAACUCCAUCGAGUGCACCAAAAAGGCGCUUAGCUCUGCAAACAUCUUCUCCACACUGAGGUCGCCUGAGCACUGGGCGUGAAGCAUCAGAAAUUGGGCGCACCAGCUCCUAGCUUCCUCAAGCCAAGUACCCAACGGCUUUGGACAUGCCCUUCCUGGCACGCCUGCGCACGCCAACCAAAGCGAAGAGGUCGUCUUUCUCGCAGUCACAACAAUCAAUAGAAGCCGCUCCCCCACUCCCAACCCCCGUAGGGACAGGUGAAGAUGGGUCCGUCUCACAUGAUGUGCGAGUCCUUCGAGGCAUGGCACGGGAGGGGUCAGGUCAGAACACUGGCGGGGGUCGAGCGCCUGCACCACCAUUGAAGCUGAACGCUGAAGACGCGUGUCCACCAGUCUCCUCUUCGUACUCACACAGCUCCUCGGGUCAAGCAGACGGACCGCGCGUGGAAGCGCGCAAGUUUCUCCAGAUUGAUGUGCCCGCCACACGGCCAGAAGACCUCUUGCAUCCACCCGCGUUGGGUACCGACACACCCAGCGCGGAUAGUAGCAGUAUCGCGACACCGCCUUUGGCCUCGCCGGCAUUUCGCUUCGAGACGCCGCGCCACUCUGGCUCAACGAAAGCUUCCCACUCACAUGGCAGCCCCUCUGCUUCCACGCCGAUCCCUAGUGCCCGCGGUGGGGCUGCUGCCAAAAGAAGGCCCAAGACGUCACCUUCCACAUCCGCGAGCGACUCCGUGGAUCACGCCGCGUCGGAGGCGAACAUCGCGGCAAACUUGCCAAAUGCGCUUCACGCGGACAAUUCAGGUACCACCGAUGUUCUCCGCACUGGCACCAGAGAUGACAGCGCUCGAGCGUCAAAUUCAAGAAACCUGUUGUUGGCACAGCGCAGUAGUCUCCACAAUCUUCCGAAGCUAUCUAGGGAUGCUUCCCACUGCGUUCAAGCGCUUCAACGCUCCUCAGCGCCGCCCUCGCGCGAGACGCAGGCGGGCACCGAUUUCGACUCGAGGGCGUGGCUGCGAGUGCCAGAGAGCGGCCCGGCCAGUCAGCGCUCAAGCUCAACAGUCUCGAUUGCUUCCGUGACGUCGUCUCAGUCCAGCGUGGAGGGGCCAUCGGCGCCCUUUGUGCGGGCGCCAGAUUUUGUUCACGACGAACCAGCUGAGAUCAUGCACAGCCUGCCUGUCGGGAAAACAGCCCCUACUCCUCCAGAGGAGGAGAUGACGGAGGUGUUGCAGACGCCGCGCGCCAGUUUGGAUGGUUGGAAAUUAAUAGCCUCCGAAACUUCAGCGCGACCAGCGCCCAAGCAUUCUUGGAGCGCUUCGGGCGCAUCAGUACAUCCUGGCAUCGCUCACGUCAUGCGUAGCGAGUCGUUAUCGGUCCCUACCGCUCGGGAAACAGACACGUCGCCAUCUCCGACGCACUCGAGAGCAAACAGUAUCCGCAGUGUCACCUCCAACGGCAGUCGCCGCAUAUCUUUCUCGCCGAGCGUGCGCAUAGCCAAUGCAAAGGCUCCUGCAGGGCGGCUACGACCCAUUCAUGGUCUCGGAGGUCAGAUAGCCCUUGGCGGAGGCUGGAGGCAUCAAAGGGGUGAAAAGGAUAGCAACGCACCUACGCCAGCAGCUUCUACUGGAAGGGGCGGUGCGGGCAACCAUCGGCGACCCAGAACAGCACCCGGCGCUCCAGAGAGCGAGGCGGUCGCCAGAGGCACUUUUGUCCGGCUUGCAAAUUCCGAUUCUCACGAGCCUGAAGAGAUUCAUGGAAAGCGCAAAGUUCCAGCUGUGAGGCCAGACACCGAGUCUGGGCCAAGCGCUGCCUCACCGACAAAGAGCAUCUUUUCCCUUCGUCGCCCGCGCUCACGUGGAUCUGCUAGAGCAAAGCCAGAGCGAUCGCUGACUGACCGCGACGUCUACGCUCCCAUUCAUCCGAACGGUCCGUUCGGUGGACGGUUACCGGCGGAAGCGAUCAACUUGCCCAUGGAGGCCACUGCAGUUGACCGAAUGCCGGCACCGCCACGUGCCUUUUACCCUGGCACCUUGAUUCUCGUUCGGUCGGAGUCUGAAGAGGACGACGAUCAUAGCGUCUCUUCCAAUGUUGGCGAUGAAAGUUCUCUCGACAAUCAGGCUCGCGCGGGUGUGACUGCUGUUCAGACGUUCAAUUCGUAUGCAGGAAUGCCUCUUACCGUUAGCCCGACUCGUGCUACAGCUAUGGGAACGGAUACAGCGACCUCAGGCGUUCCUGAUCAGCCUAAAGGCCCUGGCGAUGACCUUGCUCUUUCAGGCCAGAUAGACCCGAUGCAUCCUCGAGCCGAAGCAGCGCUACGUGGCGAACAUGGUACAAAUGAACAUGAAAGGCUCAGCCACUUGGCAGAUCCGGUGUACAGCUCAGAGGAAGAGGUAGAACAGGAUGUGGAAGAAGCACGACAACGCACGCCCUCCGGCAACCAUCGUGUCUUGUGGAAAGGCCCUUCCCGACCGUCAAGCGCUGAGGUUCUGGGCAUAUUGCCGGGCGACUCGGACUCAGAACACGCACGUGAGACCGACGAUGAGGAGGCCUCUCCUUCGAGCAAGCAGCAUCGACGUCUCAGCAGCCUUAGCAAAAUUUUGGGUCGAGUGGGCCGCGCUUUGCAACCCCGAAGACCCUACGAUGAGGAGGGCAAUAAGGACAAUCGUCGGCCAAGCAGCCGUGUGGAUCGUGUAGACGAAGCCGUCACACCUCGCAAGGUCUCUCACAGGCGCAGAGCGACAGUGAACACUUCCUUACCGACCACAGAGCUGUCAGCCUUAAUACCACAUCAAGCUGCGUCCCUCGCGCAGGCUGCCGAGUCAGCAGUCACCAGAAAGGGAUCUUCUUCGCGUCUCAAUGCACUACGAGAAGACCGUGCCAGCGAGCCACCUCCAAGAGCUACGCCUGCGUGUGCACGCAUCGUGGCGAAAGAUGACGUAUCCUCGUACGCCUCGCCGAUCCUGGUCAAUUCACCGCUGUACGAUGGAAGUCUGCAGGAAUGGCAGUCUCGGCGGCAAAGUCUGCGCUCAGCAGGCAGGUCUCGCCCAGGCUCGAGGCAAGGACGCAAUGACGGUAAUUCUCGGGCUGCGGAGCAGCCUGAGAUUGUAGAGAUUCGCAAGCGCGAAACGCCUUGGGACCUUGAGCUCAGAGCGCUCGAGGCUAUGCAUAUGCGGGAAAAGCGACGGGAAAGCAGAAGCGCAAGUCGUGCUGCGAGUCGGCGUGGAAGCACGACUCCGAGCCUCUCCGCGACGAGCACCGGCGGGGCUGCAACGGACAACGUUUCUGGCCUCAACACGCCGCUCCCAGAUAGCGAAUCACUCGCUGCAAGCCCCGUGAAAUCUCGUUUGACACCAGUCUCGCCUGCUUCCAUCAGAUCAGCAGGCGGCUCGCUACCUGCUAGUCCCGUCCGAGCGGGCCUUGCUUCAUCUUCGCAGAGGUCAUAGGGUAGUGCAGAGGUAACUCUGUAAGAUCGAGCCUCUGCCACUCCUCCUUGUCGCGCAGAAUUCAAAUUUUCGCUAGUCAAGGUCCAUCGGUACAUGCUUC